AUGAGUUUUCAUUACACAAACUAUUAAUCUAUUCAAGUAAAUAAAGAUCGAAUUGAUACAUAAAGAGAACUUGAUCGCUAAUUUACCAGGGUAACAGCUAGAAAAAAUAGUAUGGUCAUAAAAACAAAAAGUAUAGGUCAACGGAUUUUAAAUUUUGUUGGAAAAUAGAUGUCUGUUGAUUACUAAGAAAGAUUAGUUUUAAAAAGUUUGUAAGCAUAAAACGUAAAUGCUAAGAAAUUCCUUGAAAUCCUAUUGAAAAAUAAACAUAAUCUGAAAAAUUUGAAACAUAAACAUUUAGCAAUUAUAAAUGAUAAAGCUUAAGGAAAUAUUGAUAAGAUAUAAACUUAAUCAACUUUUAAAAUAUUUAUAGAUAGAUUGUUGAAAAAGAGACUUCUAAGAAUUUUUAAACCGAUUGUGGAUUGUUUCAGCAGUUGUAUUAUAGCAAUCCCAUUAUUGUAUCCAGAAAACAGAAGAAUUAUAGUUUGGGAUAUUAUUGCAAUUUUAUCGAAACUAUAUUUCUUGUACUUAAUACCUUUAGAAUUGGCAUGGACAAAUCAAUCAUUAAUGUUUAAUCGUUAUUACACAUCCACCAUAGCAAUGCUUAUCAUAUUAUUCGUCGAUUUCUUAAUUGGACUAAAUACUGCUUAUUAUAAUGCAGGUUCACUUAUUAUAGAUAGAUUAAACAUCUUUAAACACUAAAUAAGUAAAUCAUAUGGUUUGGAAUGGAUUUCUACUUUAUUGUUAGCUAUGCUUUUUAUAGUGUUUAAAUCUCUUGCAAUUACAACAAUUAAUGUAACUUAAAAUCCUAGUUAUUUAAUUUUAUUGACUGUAUUAUCUCAUUAGACAAGUGUUCAUUAUAAGGCUAGCGAGUAUGAAUAAGCAUUGAAUUUGUCAAAGAAAGCCUCAAGUUGCUUGGAAUUAUUAAAAUUUUUGUUGCUAUUGUUUUAUGUAAUUCACUUAUUUUCAUGUUUAUGGUUUUGGGUUGGUAAUUACAGCAGAGAGAAUUGUGAUCUAAAUUGGUUGGAUUCUUUAAGAGAUAUUCCAAUUUUGGAUUGGACAGAUGAGUACUUAUAAUCGUUUUAUUACACUUGUGUGACGAUGUUUACUAUUGGAUAUGGAGAUAUUGCUCCUAAAAGCGGAUUAGAAAAAUCUACCUGCAUUUUUCUUAUUUUAGUAUCAAGUAUACAAUUACCUUACUCAAUAAAUACGGUUGGUUCAAUAAUAGAAAAAAUAACAGAUUAUGGAGAAGACACAAAAAACAAAUUAAGAACUAUUAAUAGCUAUAUGAAUAAAAAAAAAGUGCCAUAUAAUUUGUAAAAUUAAAUUAGAUAAUAUUUAAAUCAUUAUUGGGAAUCAAUAGAUGGUCAGGAUACUGAAGAAGAAAAGGUGAUAAUUUCUUAGUUGUCAGAAAAUCUAAGAGAAUAAUUAAUUAUACAAGCUAAUAGUUAAAUAUUUUAGAAAGUACCUUUGCUGUAAAAGAACUUUAGCCUUCAGUUCUAACAGAAUUUAUUAAAAAAAGUAAAUUCUUUAUAACUUUAACCAGAAUAAAUUAUUGAUCUUGAUAGUGGUGAUAUUUAGCUUUAUUUUGUAGAUGAAGGAGAAAUAAAUAUUUUGAUUGAAUCAGGGCAAAUAAUAGAAACAGCAAAAAAGGAUGAUAUCUUUGGAUUAAAAAAUCUAUUUGUUGGAAAUAUUAUUAGGAAUAAGAAGCUGAAAAGUGUCGGAUUUACUAAAUUAUUAGUAUUAUCCAGAAAUGACGUUUUGCAAGAGCUAAAGGAUUUUCCAAUAGAUUACGAAAAGUUUUGUCAUAUUAAAGAUGAUUUAAUUUUUAAUUCCAAAUCUUCAUAUAUUCACAGAAUAUGUGAAUCAUGCUCCUCUUCAACACAUGAAAUACCCAUUUGCCCGUUGCUACAUUUCAUUCCUCAAAGAGAUCUCAUUAUUAAGAGAUGUUAAUACCCUUUGUUUUAAACAAGAAAAGUGUUUUGCAGGACUCCCUUUAAGUCAUUGAGGUUGUAAAAUUAGUUAAUAGAAAAUCAAGAUCUAAACGAAAUCAAAUAAUAAUAUAUAAAAAAAUAUCAUAUUCCUUAGUAAUAAUAAGCCACCAAUAAUAACAUCAAUACUAUUUCGCUGUAAAACGGGAUCCCAGAGGAUUAUAAAGAAUCCAGAGAAUUAAAAACAGAACAUCAAUUAAAUUCUACAGCAUAGGCAAGCUUAAAAAGAGAUUCAGUGAUAGCUUUAUCAUAAAUUCCAGGUGAUCAUAUAGAGUAAAUUAAAAGAACCAUAAAUAAUCAUAAUCGAAAUCGAAAUCGAACUAUUAAAUAAAUCUCCAAUAAACAAAUAGACUAUUAAUUAGAUGGAAUGGGAAUAUUAAAAUAAAAUAGUCUUGCGUCUAGAAGAUAAUCCUAAGGAUUAAAUAUAAUGAAUAUUUAUUAACUAGGUUUGAAUAAUUAAAAUAAUAAUAGCAGCUUUAAACAAAACUAUGCCUAAGAAUUACUUGCAAGUACUAUUAAUGAGAUAAAUAUAGAUGAAGAAUUAAAAUAGAGAUAUGAAAAUUUAAAAUAAAUAAAAAAUAUGAAUAUCUCUGACAGGGAAUCUAUUGAAUUGCUAUAUUUUAAAUAAAAAAAUCUCUAAAAGUAUAUGAAAAAAGGAUUAACGGAUUUUGAAGUCAGCAAAAUCUUUCAUGAUUAUUAUCCUUAACAUAAUGUUGAUAGAUAAAUAAAAAGAAUUAGUAAAAAUACCAAUGCGCUACUUUAAAUAAUGAUUAAAAAAUAUAUUUCUUAUUUACAAUAUCCUGCAGAGUUUAUCAAGGCUUAUAAUUUGUCACUUUCUUAUAAGUAUGGUGGAAACAAAAUUACAGAGGAAGAAAAUAGUUGA